CACGACCAUCUCGAACAUGCCCACUGUAGGACCCGGCAGCAAAAUCCUCGUCACUGGAGCCAACGGCUACAUCCCUAUCUGGGUGGUACGAAGGCUGCUAGAAAAGGGGUACUCUGUCCGGGGGACGGUGAGAUCUGCAGAUAAAGGUCAGCAUCUUCAAGAUACCUUCAAGUCAUAUGGCGACAAAUUGGAGAUCGUGGUCGUCCCGGAUAUUACAAAGGACGGAGCUUUCGAUGAAGCGGUCAAGGGCGUCGAUGCUAUCGAGCAUAUGGCCUCGCCCUUCCACGAGAACGUUGACGAUCCUAAGGAGUUCAUCGAACCGGCUGUCAAUGGAACCGUCGGGAUUCUGAAGAGCGCUCUCAAGAACGCACCAGACGUCAAGAGGAUCGUCAUCACAUCGAGCGUCGCGGCCAUCUUGACAGACACCACUGCCCCUUCGACAUUCAGCGAGAGGGACUGGAAUGAGGCAUCCAUCAAAGAAAUGGAAGAGAAGGGUCGAGAAGCGGCACCAAUGGCCAAGUAUCGCGCCUCGAAGACACUUGCUGAGAAAGCUGCCUGGGACUUCUACAAUAAACACAAGAGCGAAGUUAAAUGGGACAUCUCAGUCCUCAACCCUCCAUUCGUGUUUGGACCUAUGAUCCAACAAGUCUCUUCGCCAACCUCCUUAAACACGUCGAUGCAGUACUGGUGGAAUUUUGUCAUCGAGGAUGGCCAAAAGUCACGCCAGGCUCUGUCCGCAAGCAACUCCUGGGUCGACGUGCGCGACCUUGCAGAUGCUCACAUUCUCGCGUUGGAGAAGGAGGCCGCCGGCGGCGAACGAAUCAUCAUCUCUCAGGGCCCAUUCGUGUGGCAAGAAUGGAUCGACAUUGCCCGGUCCAUCCAGCCGUCUCCACUCCCGAACCGCAAGCUUCCAGAAGGAUUCCCGGAUAUCAAGAAGAGCUACGACCGGAAUUACGACGCUUCCAAGGAGAAACGGAUCCUCGGUGUGCAGUAUACGACCAAGGAGCAGGCCACCAAAGACAUGCUUGAGGACUUCGCGAAGCGCGGAUGGUAG